UUUCUGUGAAGAAAAAGAAAAUAAAUUAGAAUUAAAUGUAACUUUGUUCUUAAUCAUUUACUUUUAACAGGUUUAAAAGCAAAUGAACAGGUUUUUAAGUGUUUUAUCAUUUAAUGAAUUAACCACUAUUAACCAUUAAUGGAUUGCUUGCUAUUAAUCAAUAUUAAUCAAAUAAGAUAGUAGAAGCAGUUAAAAACUACAAUUGUCAAACAAUGAGCUCUGUGUGCAAUGCAUAGCCUGUAGUUAAAAAUAUCUGCAAUAAUUACAUUAAUGGAUCUCGCUUACCUUCAUCCUUUCAGCCAGUGAAGUGCGCACUCGGGAUUUGAACUCCCCCACUUUGCUGGUGUCUCCGUCGUCUGUCUGGAGAUGGAUGUUGAUCAGGCUGAAGGUGAUGGGAUAAGUAUCUGAUAUAGACAUCUCAGUCUCGGUUGACAUGACGGUUGUUGCGCACUUCAGUGUUGCCAGCACCGGAGCCGCAUCCUUCAUCAGCUGCCAGUACUCGUCUUUCAGCUCCAGCGUCCUCGCAUCUGCCAGUCUGGUUACAGUGCGGUCUGACAGCACAGCACACACGGCCCACCGCUGCUCUGUCAGUCUAUUAAACAUGUCACUGACCGAAUUCCACCUGGUUUUGCAGGAUUGGAUGAGCUCAUGAGACGGCAGCUGCAUUUGUUGCUGUUAGCUGCGAUCGCUUUGUUUGCUAUAUUACUGUGAUUGAAGUGUUCUACGAGUCUGCUUGCAGCUACGACUCGGUUCAUGUAGGUGGAGAAACCAUCGUUAAUGGCCAGCUGCAGGGUGUGAGCGAAACAUGGAACUGAGUGCCAACUGACUCGUGUGGGACUGUUUGCUGAGACAAUAUUCUGUGCAUUGUCAUGUACACAAGCUACACUACACGCCCGCUUGCUUCCACGCGGGUGUUAAUGGGGUUGCAAAGCAGCUGACAGACAGCUUCCCCAAGCUAGUUUCCGUUGCAUGUGCUGCCCAUCGCCUUGCUCUGGCCUGCAAGGAUUCAUCUAACGAGGUCAGGUACAUGGGGACAUUUCGAGACCAUCUACAAGAGCUCUACCUCUAUUUUCACAGCAGCGCUAAUUGCACUGCCAAACUUAAGUCAGCAGCCCAUGUCCUUGGCAUCAGUGCCUUGAAAGUGAAGGAAGUAAAGGAUGGCCGAUGGCUAUCCCAGCACCUCGCCAUUCAGACCCUUCAAAAGAAUUUCCCAGCUGUGCUUGCAGCAUUGGCUGAGGAAACAGAACUGAAGAAGUGUCCAGUAACAAAAGGAUUGUACACAUUCUGUGCAACCUACAGAUUUGUUGCUGCACUUCAUCUACAGGCUGAUUUUUUGCCUCACCUUGCAUGGCUGUCCAAGGUGUUCCAAAAAACUGAUGUCAACUUUCUGCACAUCAAAGAACAGGUUCCUGUCACAAUUGUAGUUUUGAGGGGUAUCAUAGAGGCAGGUGGGACAUCCCCUGGCUCAUUUCUGUCCAAGCUUCAUGAGGACCUAGACAACCCAGCCGCACUUGGGUCCUUCAGAAUUGUGGAAGAGGAGGAGAGAAGCAGGAGAGGCAGCGAGGCCCAAGAAAAGCCAAGGGAGGAACUGUGGAUCAGAUUCCUCAAACAGGUCCUUGAACCAUACAUCACCAGCCUCAUCAAAAAUCUGGAGAAGAGAUUUGAGAAUCUCCACAUCCUUGGAGCAUUCAGUGUCCUGCGGCCACAGGAACCCCAGUUGGAUGAUGCUGCAAACACUGCUCAUCUACAGACCCUCAUCAAGAAAUUCCUUCCUGGACAGGAUGAAGCCACAGUGGUCCAAGAGUGGAUGUCAUUCAAGGAGCAUGUGUCUUCAGGAGCAUUUAAGGACAAAAGCCAAGGAGCAAUCCUGGAACUGCUGGCCAGUGAGUACGAUGAAUGGGGUGACGUCUACCCCUGCCUGUCCCAACUUGCCGCUGCAGCCCUCAUCAUCCCAGUGGCAAGUGUAAAUUGUGAGAGAUUUCUCAGCAAUGAACAGGAUCAAAACUGAAGUGAGGAACAGGCUGCAAGGGGAGCAUCUUGCUGCAUGAAUGCGCAUCAGCAUAAAUGGACCUGACCCCCAAUCCUUUCCAUACAGAAAGGCAUUGGAGAUCUUUUUUUCAAAACAAAGAAAAAUACACUGCUUUGACAAAAACUGUCAGCUUUGCAAGUAGCUUUAAAUAGCUUUUUUCCUUUAUUUUAGUUUUUCUUUAGGGUUCUGUUUGUGUUAAAGCAAGUCUGCAGCAGGCUUAAGUUGUAUCUAUGUGCAAUAAAUAACACAUGGUUCAUAAACCAGUUUGACUAGAUUAUUUUGAAUGCACUUAUCAAACACCGCGACGUCCCCCUCCACCGCCCGGCCCACCACCACAAGUAAAUUCUCAACCUAGGGGAAACACUGAUGCCAUGUCCACAUGUAUCUGGAUAUUUUUAAAACCGUAUAUCCGCCCCCCUCCGUUUAGGAAAAAAUCUGCGGCCACACGUCUCCGUUUUCUACAAAAAUCUCCGUCUACACGUAUCCGGAGCGGUGGAGGCGUCUCUCGCGUCGAACAUGCCGAGGACGUGGAAUGGUUGUCAGGUGCAAUAUAGCAGAAGUCACAGCAGUCCUCCUUCUCUGAUGCUCUGCGAGGUGAAGCAGUAAAUGAGCUUGAAAGAUCAAACAACCAAAAAUCGCCUGUAGUAUUGUUGAAACCAGUACAGUUUUGAGCGCGUCCAUUCUGCUCCGAUUGUCUACAAAGGUCGCAUGUCUGACGUCACAGCAGUUUUGUCGCAGGCAGUGUCGUCUGCGCUCCUAAAACUCCGGUUAUGUCUGUCCACACGUAAACGCAUACCCGGGGUUUUUCCCAAAUCUCCACUUUGGCCGGAGUUUUCAAAACCUCCGUUUUCAGAACCAAAAACCUCUGGUUACGUGUGGAUGACAGGCCGAAUCGGAGAAAAAUAUAUGCGUUUUCAGACUUAUCCGGAUACGUGUGGACAGGGUCUGAGUGACCUUGAAUUCUUUGCCACUUUAAGCCUCACAACCAUAGACUGUAUAUAAAUACCAGGCUUUGCAAAAGUUCUGUUGCACUUGUUGAGACAUUCAC